AUGCUCGCUAUGUACGUGGAUGUGCAGCACAAGACGUGGGACGAAAUCCUACCCCUAUCGCAUGUGGAGUUCUUGUGCAACCGCAUCACCAUCCUGGGGGACGGCAAGCUGCAGUGCCUGGGGUCGCUGGCACAUUUGAAGGACAAGUUUGGGAAGGGCUACACCAUCACGGUAAAGACGUACCCAGACCGCCAGCAGGACUUCUCCUACCACCAAGACGUCGCUAAUGCCGUGCGUGCAAACUUCCCCGAGGCGGAGCUCGUGUACAGCUACGAGGGCCUGCUCGAGUUUCGAAUGUCUCGCGUGCAAAUGCUGUGGAGCGAAAUGUUCACGAACAUGGCUCGGGUGAAGACGCGCAUCAAGCUGCACGACUUCUUCAUCACGGACACGUCGCCGGAGCAGAUCUUCCUCAGCUUGACGCGGAAAGAGGCCAGCGAGGCAGCAGCUAAGGCGGUCAAGGCAAAGGCGCACCACAAGUCGAAGAUCGCCUCUACGCUUGGAAUUUGA